CAGCAGCUCUCUGUCAUCUUUUCUCAACCGAAGCCAAAGUCGUCAGCUUUUUCUCGCAUACUGUUAUUCUCUCCUUAGCCGAGACCUCAGGCGUUUAUAUGUCCAUAAUGAAGCCUAACUGGGAGCCAUUCGUGAAAUCCACUGAAGAUGAUUGGACGGCUGUACCGGACCCCGCCCAGCGAAAGCGGAUCCAGAACAGGCUGUCCCAACGAGCCAGGCGGUCACGACUUGCUGGUAAACAGAAGCAAGCGGCACAGUAUGAGGUUAAUGAGGACGCGGGAGCCCUUGUGAGAAGAGAUGCAGGUCCUAGUCUCGGGCAAUCAUCUACAGAGGGUUCGAGCAUGGCUGUCACAGACAUGUUCGAUGCAAACCUCUUAUAUACCCAAUACACAUCUGAGCAACCCACAAUGGACAGUCAUUACCUCAUCUUGACCGACCUGACCGCCGCCACAGCCUUAGCGGUCAUAGCUCAGCGCCUCGACCUCGACUGCCAGCAAAUUCCAGGCUUCAACAUUAAAGCCCUGACCGACAGUCUUCCAUCUGCUAUAGCGCCCACGCAAUUACAGAAGAGCGUUCCUCACCUGUCGUACCUGGACAUGCUGCCCUGGGCAUCAUUGCGGGACAAACUCCUCAAAUCUCUCUCUAUUAUUAACGAAGAGGAGUUUGCGCGUGAUAUGCAGUAUGGAAGCUUAAAGGUAUGGGGGACAGUACCGUGGGACCCGAUGGGAUGGGAGGUUGGCGAAAGCUUUGCGAAGCGGUGGUGGUUUCUGAUGGAUAGUGGGAUACUUCAGACGACUAACUUUUGGAGGUCUCAGCGGGGAGAGAGGCCAUUAACUCUGGCAUCCCUGCAAAGCUGAACGAUUAAUUCCUCUUCCAUAAAACUAAUUCCGUGGUCUUGUCAAUUAGCUGGUACUUGCGAAAGAGCGCUGAUGCAGGGGAAUGCAUUCUGACCGCAAUUUCUCUGGGCUGCUUCAAUCUGACAGUCUGAAUGACCAGGGUGUCAGACCCAUGAAGGAAACGACAACAUUGGAUUGAUAAGCUGAAACAUAUUCAUAUAUAAAAAGAAUAGUACUAUUUCUUCCCCGCAAGAAAUUAUUAGAGAAGACA